AUGGACGCCAAAGAAAUCGAAUUCAAAGCCAAGGCUCUUACCAAAGCCGCGACAUCCAGCGAGCCACCAGCCAACCUGAUCACCAUCUUGAAGGAACUCCAAAAGGGCGUUCGACCUACAGAAGAUCUCCUCCGCUCAACUCGAAUCGGUAUCGUGGUGAAUAAACUAAAACAACACAAAGCACCCGAUGUUGCGCGCCUAUCGUCCGAGAUUGUGUCCAGAUGGAGAAGCGAGGUGAAUAAGCAAAAGUCAAAUGGGUCACCGCAACGUUCUAGCACACCGCGAACCGGCACGGCGUCGCCCGCGCCGGUGAGUACACCUAGUGAGAAGGCUCUGAAAUCGACAGUUCCACCCGAAAAACGGUCGUGGAAGGCGGAUGGUGUCGAUACGAACGUCACGAAUAAUAAGACCCGCGAUAGCUGUCUUGGUCUGAUGUACGAUGGAUUAUCGUUUAUGUCUACCGAGUCUACGAAGAUCGUGUUGACGAAGGCGAUAGCUGUAGAAGCUGCGGCGUUCACAUCGUUCGGGCCCGAAACUAAAGAACAAUACAAGACCAAAAUUCGAAGUCUUUUCCAAAACUUGAAGAACAAGUCAAAUCCACAACUUCGACAGCGUGUGCUUUCGGGUGAUGUGACGCCGGACAAGUUUGUCAACAUGACCCACGACGAACUCAAGUCUGACGAGCGAAGGGCGCUGGACCAGAAGAUCCAAAAGGAGAAUAUGGACAAGGCAAUGGUUGCGCAGGCCGAACGAAGUAUCAGCUCAAGCCUGCAAUGCGGUAAAUGUGGUCAGCGCAAGGUUACUUAUACCGAGGCCCAGACGCGCAGUGCUGAUGAACCGAUGACAUUGUUCUGUACUUGUUUGAAUUGCGGAAAGUCGUGGAAGCAGUAA